AUGCAUAGAAAUCAAAAUAUUUACCUGUUUCUUCACCAUAAUCUAGAGUGUCCUUCUUGGUGUACUUCUUGUGUUGACUCAAGAUGCAGGAAUUGUGACCCAUCGUUCUAUUUAGCCAGUGAUUAUUGUCAUCCUUGUCCAGAACAUUGCCUUAGCUGUACAGACCAGAUUAACUGCACGAAAUGUAAAGCUAACAAGUGGGGUACAGGUGCGGCACAGUGCUUAACAGACUGUAGUAAAGAGUGUCUAAAUGGUGAAUGUCAUGAUGACACUGGAUACUGUUUAAAUUGUGAACAUGGAAAAUAUGGACGUUUGUGCCAACAUAAUUGUAGUUACUGUAAGAAUGAUUAUUGUGAUUUAUAUAGAUGUGUUGAAGGAUGUAAAUCCGGAUAUUUUGAAUAUCAGACUUUCAAUAAUGAUUACGUUUGUCGAAAAUGUACUCAGAAUUGUAAACUCUGUGAUAACGGGAAUGUGUGUCAGAUAUGCAACGACGGCUUUUAUUUUAAUCAAUUUUUUUACAAUGACAACACAUAUGUUUACUGUGCUAAAUGUUUAAAUGAAAAAGAAUGUAAAGAUUUUUGCAUUAUUGAAGGAUGUAAGUUAUGUCAAUUGGUUAAUAACAAGCUAAUUUGUGCAGACUGUUCCGAAGGAGAAACAUUCAAUGGCAGUUCAUGCGAACAAAUUACAAACCAGUGCUCUAAAGAAUGUUCUACAAAAUGUGGUAGUAAUGGUAUGUGUUUAGGAAACUGUAAUGAUGGUUGGACCGGUGACAGAUGUACCGAAAGAUGUAAUGAUGAAUGCUUAAUAUGUUCAAAGAAUGACAGAAAUAUUUGUAUACAGUGUAAUGGUGACUUUUACACAAAUGAUUGCAGCUUAGCUUGCAGCCAAACAUGUAACAUAGAAGUAGGUAAAAAUACAUGUACAUUUGAUGACGGUUAUUGCAUAAAUGGAUGUGAACGGAACUACUGGGGCGAUACCUGUAAUAAUUCCUGCACUGAGGGUUGCCAAGAUCAUGACUGUGAUAGAAGCACUGGUACAUGUACGGCAGGAUGUAAGGAUGGAAAUACCGGGGACAAUUGUGUUCCCCAUACCACAAUCAAUCAGGAAGAAACACCUGCUACAAUAAAAACAACAUCAACUUCAAUGAAAGCAACAUCAAAUACAACAACAACAUGUACACAAAUUCAAGCAUCUGAAGAUAAGGUCAACUUUUUUAUCAUCGGAUUUUUCUCUGGCAUUGGAUUUUCUCUUGUCACAGUGGCAAUUGUUACAUUGCUUUAUUACAUAAGACGAAGGUACUUUGGAAAUAAAACAACUCAAAAUAACAGCCGAAACGUUGAGAUACCAACAUAUACUGAAACUGCAAAUAAUUACGAAAGUUUAAGUCACAACAGGACGAGGGAUAAUGUUUACAGCGAUCUAGGAACAACAGAAUAG